AUGUCUGGAUCAUCAUCAUCAAUCUGUACGUAUAAUGGAAUUAGCGGUGCCUCAACCGUUUCAUUCAACCGUGACAAUACUUCCAAAUACACUAUCAAAUUUGAUGGAAAAAGAAUUGAAACCACAGUCACUGACAAAGCCACCAUUGUAGAUCAAUGGGUUCAAGAUAUCAAUGUUCUAUAUGAAGUAAAUUCAUCCGUUAUCGUUGCCUUAGAUAUUAAAUGGAAACCAACUAGGGUUCAAUAUUUGAGCAACAAAUCCGCAACAUUACAUCUUUGCAUUGAUGACAAGUGCCUUAUCUUGCAACUCUUCCAUGUUGGCAAUUUGCCCAUUUCUCUCAAGAACUUUCUCAUGAACCCUAAUUUCUUUUUUGUGGGGGUUGAGGUUUCCCAAAAAAUCUCUAAGAUUAAUGAUGAGUAUGGUCUCAAUUGCGGCGGUGUGCAUGCAGAUGUUAAGGAGCUUGCUAUGGAAAAGUGGCCUGGCCGGUAUCUCCAGUUGAUAUUGAAGGAUCUCGCUAAGGAUGUGCUUGGUUUGAGUAUAAAGAAUCCUAAGCUUGUGAGUUUGAGCAAUUGGGAAGUUAGGGUUUUGAGCAUUGAGCAAGUUGAGUAUGUAUGCAUUGAUGCCUAUGUUUCUUACAAGAUUGGUCAGAUGCUUCUCAGGGAUGAAUGA